AUGGAGGUGGCACUUGUGGACUUUGAGAAUCUGGAUGAUGUUGGAAUCAGCAUGGGAGAUCCCAAUGGAUUCUCACCUACAACACCACCUGAACAGGCUAGGACUGGGCGCCCCAGCUGUGGCAGCUUGAUUUCCAACUGGAAGGUCCUGCUGAACAGCGAGGGCCCACAGAAUGACACAAUCUACAGCAAAUUGGCAAAGGAAUGCAACGACAGCAUGUUGGGGGAGAAAUAUGGCAUAGAUGAGGGGGAUCAGAAGGUUAUUAUUAACAUUGCUGGCCUUAGGUUUGAGACUCAGCUCAAGACCCUAGACCAGUUCCCAGAGACUCUAUUGGGGGACCCCUCUAAAAGGAUUAUGUACUUUGACCCAAUGAGGAAUGAAUACUUCUUUGACCGCAACCGCCCAAGCUUUGAUGGGAUCUUAUAUUACUACCAGUCUGGGGGCAAAAUUCGAAGGCCAGCCAAUGUCCCCUUGGACAUAUUUGCCGAUGAGAUAGUCUUUUAUCAACUGGGACAAGAAGCUAUGGAGCAGUUCAGAGAGGAUGAGGGCUUCAUCAAAGACAUAGAGGUACCAUUACCUACUAAUGAGAUCCAUCGGCAAUUUUGGCUCUUGUUUGAGUACCCAGAAAGUUCCAGUGCUGCCCGAUCGGUGGCUCUUGUGUCUGUCUUAGUCAUAGUUAUUUCCAUAAUCAUUUUUUGCCUGGAAACUCUGCCUGAGUUCCGUGAGGAACUAGGGGUCUUCCCUGCUGUCAUCCAUCUCAGCAACAACACGCAGGAUGCCCCCAUCUCCUACUCCCCUCCAAGUGUCACUCCCAAGUCUCUCGCUGCAACCAUUACAGAUCCUUUCUUUAUCGUCGAAACCAUCUGCAUUGUGUGGUUCUGCUUUGAGCUCACUGUCCGCUUUGUGGUCUGCCCCAGCAAGAAGGACUUUUUCAACAACAUCAUGAAUGUCAUCGAUAUUGUGUCCAUUAUCCCCUACUUCGUGACCUUGGUAACUGAGGUGGUGACUACACCAGAUGCCAAUUCAAGUCAGAACAUGUCCCUAGCAAUUCUACGCAUAAUCCGCCUGGUGAGGGUUUUUCGCAUUUUCAAGCUGUCCCGCCACUCUAAGGGUUUGCAGAUCCUUGGCCAGACAUUGAAGGCCAGCAUGCGUGAGUUGGGGCUGCUCAUCUUCUUUCUGUUCAUUGGAGUCAUCCUCUUCUCCAGCGCCAUUUACUUUGCUGAAGUAGAUGAGCCACAGACCCAGUUUGUAAGCAUCCCUGAUGGAUUUUGGUGGGCUGUGGUAACCAUGACCACAGUGGGCUAUGGGGAUAUGUGUCCCAUUACCAUGGGGGGCAAGAUGGUGGGCACACUCUGUGCCAUUGCUGGUGUGUUGACCAUUGCGCUGCCUGUACCUGUCAUCGUCUCCAACUUCAACUACUUUUACCACCGUGAGACAGAACAGGAAGAGAAGCAGGUGGUGGACGCAGCCACAGAUGCAGCUCUGAAAACAGGUGCAACCUCAAAGCAUACUGGCACCAACAGCUUUCCAACUGACAAAUCCAAAAAUGGGAGACACUAG